AUGGUUGAGCACUGGGAGUCCCCAGUGGAGUCGUUUAUAAACUGCUACAAGACAGAACGCUUGACUCUCAAGGGUGUGUUGUUCCUCAUUGAGACGCUCCCAGAAGAGACAACCAAUGGACGAUUAAUCAUGAUCCCGGAACUGCACAGUAAAGUAAAUAUAAAGUUAAAGAACGAGUACGCAAAGGCUGUAGAUUUCCUCUUUAGCCUGAGGAAAUCAUCCACGGAUUUUGCAAACACGGGAAAUAUACUCCGCUGCUGGCAUAACUGGAGACGUUUUGACACAUUCUCGUCCAAUGGUGAAAUAUGCCGCUUAUUCCUUGAGGACUGUUUGACAAUAAUAAAACACCCAAAUAUGCGUGGACAUGGACUGGAUGAUGAGAUAUAUGAAGUUGCGAUAAAUUGCAUGAUUGAUGUUCUGCAGGAAUGCGCAUAUUUGAGCUCUAGGGAUACUGCUGGCGGUAUAAACUCCUAUGAGGAUUACGACGAUGUUCAGUACUCCAAGAGGAGAUAUGCCGACUUGCAACAUAUACAAAAGGCAUGUUUCGAGGCAUGCAUUGGUGAUUUAUUACAACAUCUCUCUGCGUCAUUUGCAAGUUCUGAUGUUUUCUUGUAUAGCAACCUCUCGAGAGUAUACGCAAAUCUUUUGGAUAGCCUACAUUUUUCACUAUCCGACUCUAAUGACGCACAGCUUUUGAAGCUGAUUCACGCAAUCAUACAUUUUAUAGAACUUCCCUACUGUCUAAUCUACGCACAAAGCGGGAUUGAGAAUGUGAUUAAUCCAUUUGACCCCUCAUACAAUCGGGCUGCGGCACGAGAGGCUGUUUUUGAUCGUACCUCUUCAUCUGAAUUUGACGAGGAAAGUGCAUCUAUUGCACAAAAGGCUGUAUUUGUACUGUGUGAUAUUCUUUCCAGGCAUAACACGGCUGUUGAAAGUAUAAAGUCCAUUUGUAAUGAGAUUCUGGACAUAUUCCUACUCAUAUCAAUCACUCCUCCAAUACAACCACUAGUGGAAUAUGAACUUUAUAUCAGGGAUUCUCUGGAGAUCUUCCAUGAGCUUGCAAGAAUAAUACCUGGAGGUACCAUGUACGAACAUAUUCAUGCUCACACAAUUGGUCACGCAAAGUUUCAAAGCUCCCCAAUCUUUCUUGAAUCGGCCCUGCGUAUUUUGGGUCCUAUAAUUGAAAAGAUUGACAUUAAGAGGAAUAUACAUCUUUUGGAUUCUAUCCACACCAUUGUCAAUAUAUUGGAGGGGCAUUGUUCACUUCCGUGUAUCCGAUUCUUGGGUGACAUUCGACGGGUGUUCCUCCUGGAUGGUACUGAAAUACUCUUGGAAAGAGUCCUUAGGGUUCUCCAUAGAUCAUUGCAGUCCAGUUCUGAGGAUGACCGUUACGAAGCUGUGCAAAGUAUAUCUUCGCUUUGUUACUAUAUUAAGCUGGAAAAAUUACAAAACAGAGAAACUGUGCUCCAUAUGCUAGUUGGCUGUAUGGAAAUUAUGAGGGAUAAUGAGUCUCUAUUGUCUAUUCUACUCGAGGGAAUCGCACUAGCGUCUUGUGACCUUGCCACAGACGAUAUCCAACAUGUUAUUGCAAAGGUUUCAAUGCCAUGGAUUGAGGCUAUAGAGGGAAACACUCUUUCUACUCCUCAAGUGAGAAUUUUGGUUGAUAGGAUGACAAGCCUUGUCCGCAAUCUCAGCAAUAGGCCAGGUAUCGCCAUUAUUAGUGGACGCAUCUUACCUCUAUUGUUAGAGCUCCUCAAGAGACAUCAUGAGGAUGCAGAUUCUGUGGAAUGUAUUUGUAGAUGUAUAAAGCAUUGUGCAAGGUGCAUGAACAUGCAAUUUGCAGGGCAUAUUCCUCUAUUGGUGGCAACAAUCUCACAAGUGGCUGGGCAGAAAAUGUUUGGAACCUACUUGUACCUCGUGGAGUGGCUCCACGGUAUUUUUUACACAACUCCAAAGGGAUCAAAAGUUUUUAAUGGGCAUACCGUGACUCCGGAAAACUUGGAAUCCAUUUCUACCCUCUAUCACCUUCUCACUCGUUCAACGUUGGAAAUUCUAAAAUUAUCGCAGAUGGCUGAUGUAGAAGAUAUGAUUGAGGAUUUUUAUGGUCUUCAAGCCCAGUUUAUACUCCAUACAAAAUUUGCGUAUGAGGAAACUGAACUCGCUGACCAAAUUGUCUCAAUCAGUGCGACAUGCAUGGCCAUACGAAAGCCUCAAUGUGUCUUCUCAUUCUGGGAAUCUCUCCUCAAAAGGGGAAAGGAAGUUAAAACUCUUGAAAAUAUCGCACUUAAAUAUCUUGGAGCCGCUGCUGCGUCAGCAUUUAGAAUUUUAGCUUCAGGAUGCCCAAAGUCAACAGAACAUUAUAUUGAAGAUUUUACAAUCUCCAUCGUAGACCGAUUUGGCAGAGAUUGUCUACCAUUUCUGGAACAAGCUCUAGAUCAAUUACCACCCGCAAUCAUAUCGGAUUCAAAGAAGAAAAAUUCACUCUUGGAAUCUCUGCUCGGUAGCCGAACAAAAAGUACCGUGCAUCAUAUACAUAAACUCUCUUCGCAACUGGCGAUGCGCAACAGAUUUUAA